AUGUCUUCCCCAUCCCCGCCUAUCGCCCUCGUUACCGCCGGCUCAGCCGGCCUCGGCGCCUGCGUGGCCGAGCUCUUCGCCCGCAACGGCAUGCGCGUGAUCGUCAACUAUGCCAGCAACAUCCAGCGCGCCGAGGACCUGGUCACCAAGCUCAAGUCCAUCAGCACCCUGACGCCUGUCCCGGGGAGGGUGGACUACCACGCCAUCAAGGCGGACCUGGGCUCGCGGGCGGACGUGGAGCGGCUGGUCGAGGAGAGCGUGAGCGCCAUGUGCCCCGGGGGCGAGAAGCGCAGGCUGGACGUCGUCUUCAGCAACGGCGGCUGGACGCAGAUGCGCAACCUCUACGACCUCGAGGACAACAUGGUCGACGAGGACUGGGACAUGUGCUUUCUCAUCAACGUCAAGAGCCACCUGUGGCUGAUGCACGCCGCCAAGCCCUACCUGGAGGCCGGCUGGGGCGAGGACGAGGGCGGCGCCCACGAGAGCGGGUGCUUCAUCACCACCGCGAGCCUCGCUGGCGUCAAGGUCAGCGGGAGCUCCCUGGCCUACGCCGUCACCAAGGCCGCCCAGCUGCACCUGGCCAAGGGGCUGGCCAUGCUUGCAGCUCCGAAGAUCAGGGUGAACAGUGUGAGCCCGGGGUUACUGCUAACGGAAUGGGGGCUGAGGUUCCCCCCAGAAAGGAUACAGGCCAUGACCGAGGCGUCAAAGUUGAAGAGGCUGGCUGCUGUCGAAGACGUCGCGGAACAGGUUCUAACGUUUGUAAAGAAUAAAAGUGUUACAGGACAGAAUAUGGUCUUGGACGGCGGUUUGUCAUUGUAA